CCCCCAUUCCUCCACCCCACCCCAACUCAUCUCCUAAACCAGGAGGCACAGACUCCUGGGAGAGCUUUCUUGUAUCUUUUUCCUCAGCAUGGUCAGGGUUGUUCCCACCCCAUCCCCCAAACCUGGGAUCUGUAGCUACUUAAAGCCCCUCUCAUAGAGCUGCCUCUCUGAUCUCUUCCUCAUGGCUCCCCUGCACCUCCUGUGCCCAGGAUGAUCGAUUGCCCAGAUGUUGUUUGUGCUGGAGACGGGACAGAUGCCAGAGACCCAGAGAGUGAGAGAUACGGAAAGAGAGUGAGAGCGAGGGAGAGAAAAAGAUGGACAGAAUGUGAGAGAAAUGGAGGAAGACAGAAGAGACAGAGACAGAAAGACCAACAUAAAGAGACAGAGAGAGUAAGAGAGUGAGAGAGAUAAGAGACAGAUGAAGAGUUGAGAGAGAUAUUCAGAGAGCACAGAGAGAGACAGAUUCAUAAGCUAAAAGACAAAGGGAGAGCGUAAGAGAGGCAGAUGCUAGGAGAGAGAGGGGCAGGAGUGUCAUGGGGUUGAAUGCCAGCUGAUGCUGCCCUGCCUCCAGGUGCACCCCCUGUGGAUGUGCUCCGGGCCCUGAGGUUCCCCUCCCUCCCCGAUGGUGUCCGGAGAGCAAAAGGCAUCUGUCCAGCUGAUGUGGCCUACCGAGUGGCACGACCUGCCCAGCUCAGUGCACCCACUCGCCAGCUUUUCCCAGGAGGAUUUCCCAAAGAUUUCUCUUUGCUGACUGUUGUCCGGACCCGCCCUGGUCUCCAAGCUCCCCUCCUGACUCUCUACAGUGCUCAGGGUGUCCAACAGCUGGGCCUGGAGCUGGGCCGACCUGUCCGCUUCCUGUAUGAAGACCAGACUGGGCGGCCUCAACCUCCCUCUCAGCCAGUCUUCCGAGGCCUCAGCCUAGCAGAUGGCAAGUGGCACCGUGUGGCUGUGGCUGUGAAGGGCCAGUCUGUCACCCUCAUUGUUGACUGCAAGAAGCGAGUCACCCGGCCUCUCCCCCGAAGUGCUCGUCCAGUAUUGGACACCCAUGGAGUGAUCAUCUUUGGUGCCCGUAUUCUGGAUGAAGAAGUCUUUGAGGGUGAUGUCCAGGAGCUGGCCAUUGUCCCAGGGGUCCAGGCAGCCUAUGAAUCAUGUGAACAGAAGGAGCUGGAAUGCGAGGGGGGGCAGAGGGAAAGACCCCAAAGCCAACAGCCUCACAGAGCCCAGAGAUCUCCAGAGCAGCAACCGUCAAGACUUCACAGGCCACAAAAUCAGGAACCCCAGAGCCAGUCUCAGCCCACUGAGUCUCUCUACUACGACUACGAGCCCCCCUAUUAUGAUGUGAUGACUACGGGGACAACCCCUGAUUAUCAGCACCCUGGGAGCCCCCACCACAGGCCUCCCCCUUCCCCUAGGGGGCAUCGGACCCCUCCUCGAAAGCCUACCCCACCUGCCAAGAGGUCAGCGGCCUGGCAGGCAUCCCCCUCACCGGGCCGGAAGCCCUCUCCAACUGCAGGCUUUGGCCCAGCAUGGGACCAGCCUCCCCUUUCCCGACACCCAGCUCGGAGGGCAGCUUCCCCCACUGCCUGGCCCCCCCGCAGGACCAGAGGCAGCAGUUACCGGCAGGACCCCACCCCAGGUGAAGAGGAAGAAAUCCUGGAGUCGAGCCUCUUGCCACCCCUUGAGGAGGAGCAGACAGAUCUCCAGGUCCCCCCCACAGCCGACAGGUUCCAGGCAGAGGAAUAUGGGGAGGGUGGCACAGACCCCCCUGAAGGGCCCUACGAUUACACCUAUGGCUAUGGGGAUGAUUAUCGUGAGGAGACAGAGCUUGGCCCUGCCCUCUCUGCGGAGACAGCCCACUCAGGAGCCGCUGCCCAUGGACCCCGAGGGCUGAAGGGAGAGAAAGGAGAGCCUGCGGUGUUGGAACCUGGUAUGCUCGUGGAGGGGCCUCCUGGCCCAGAAGGCCCUGCGGGAUUGAUUGGUCCCCCUGGCAUCCAGGGGAACCCAGGCCCAGUUGGAGACCCUGGAGAGAGGGGCCCCCCUGGCCGAGCAGGGCUCCCUGGAUCAGAUGGGGCUCCUGGUCCUCCUGGCACAUCUCUCAUGCUCCCAUUCCGGUUUGGCAGUGGUGGGGGUGACAAGGGCCCUGUGGUGGCGGCCCAGGAGGCUCAGGCCCAGGCGAUCCUGCAGCAGGCGAGGCUGGCGCUCCGUGGACCCCCUGGCCCCAUGGGAUACACAGGGCGCCCUGGACCCUUGGGCCAACCUGGGAGCCCUGGCCUGAAAGGAGAGUCUGGAGACUUAGGACCUCAGGGCCCCAGAGGACCUCAGGGCCUCACAGGCCCUCCUGGCAAGGCUGGGCGAAGGGGCCGGGCAGGUGCUGAUGGAGCCCGAGGGAUGCCUGGAGAACCUGGAGUGAAGGGUGACCGAGGUUUUGAUGGACUCCCAGGGCUCCCUGGAGAGAAGGGCCAUAGGGGUGAUACUGGUGCCCAGGGCCUUCCUGGUCCCCCUGGUGAGGAUGGAGAGAGGGGAGAUGAUGGGGAGAUUGGGCCUCGAGGGCUGCCUGGAGAGUCGGGACCUCGAGGUCUCCUUGGCCCCAAAGGCCCACCUGGUAUUCCUGGACCCCCUGGCGUCCGAGGCAUGGAUGGUCCCCAGGGCCCCAAAGGGAGCUUGGGACCCCAGGGAGAGCCAGGACCUCCUGGACAACAGGGCACCCCUGGGACCCAGGGUCUCCCUGGGCCCCAGGGUGCCAUCGGCCCUCAUGGAGAGAAGGGUCCUCAAGGGAAGCCAGGGCUCCCUGGCAUGCCUGGCUCAGAUGGACCCCCGGGUCACCCGGGGAAGGAAGGUCCCCCUGGAACCAAAGGAAACCAGGGUCCCUCUGGACCUCAGGGUCCUCUAGGAUACCCAGGACCUCGAGGGGUCAAGGGUGUGGACGGAAUUCGGGGUCUGAAGGGUCAUAAGGGUGAGAAGGGCGAGGAUGGCUUUCCCGGGUUCAAAGGUGACAUAGGCGUGAAAGGUGACAGGGGCGAGGUUGGAGUCCCUGGUUCCAGGGGAGAGGAUGGUCCUGAGGGGCCAAAGGGACGCACUGGACCGACUGGUGACCCUGGGCCCCCGGGGCUCAUGGGCGAGAAGGGCAAGCUGGGUGUUCCUGGUCUGCCUGGCUAUCCUGGACGUCAGGGACCCAAGGGGUCCCUAGGAUUUCCUGGCUUUCCUGGCGCCAGUGGAGAGAAGGGAGCCCGGGGCCUGUCAGGGAAGUCAGGGCCUCGGGGAGAACGGGGCCCCACGGGUCCACGGGGUCAGCGGGGACCCCGAGGUGCCACUGGGAAGUCUGGAGCUAAGGGAACAUCUGGUGGUGAUGGCCCCCAUGGGCCCCCCGGAGAGAGGGGCCUCCCUGGACCUCAGGGUCCCAACGGGUUUCCUGGACCGAAAGGACCCCCGGGCCCCCCUGGGAAGGACGGGCUUCCGGGACACCCAGGCCAGAGAGGAGAAGUGGGUUUCCAAGGGAAGACUGGCCCCCCUGGUCCUCCAGGAGUGGUGGGACCUCAGGGAGCAGCAGGAGAAACCGGCCCUAUGGGGGAGAGAGGUCACCCAGGCCCCCCGGGGCCCCCUGGAGAGCAGGGACUACCUGGGACGGCUGGAAAAGAAGGAACAAAGGGUGACCCUGGUCCCCCUGGGGCCCCAGGGAAGGAUGGUCCUGCUGGUCUGAGGGGAUUCCCAGGAGAGAGAGGCCUCCCAGGCAUUGCUGGUGGACCUGGUUUGAAGGGGAAUGAAGGUCCGUCUGGCCCCCCUGGCCCUGCAGGCUCCCCUGGGGAACGAGGUGCAGCAGGAUCAGGGGGACCCAUUGGUCCGCCAGGGCGCCCAGGCCCGCAGGGUCCCCCUGGAGCAGCAGGAGAGAAAGGUGUCCCGGGUGAGAAGGGCCCCAUUGGCCCGACUGGCCGAGAUGGGGUGCAGGGUCCUGUGGGACUUCCUGGUCCUGCUGGGCCUCCAGGUGUGGCUGGAGAGGAUGGAGACAAGGGUGAGGUGGGGGACCCUGGACAGAAGGGCACCAAAGGGAACAAGGGCGAACAUGGCCCUCCUGGACCCCCUGGACCCAUUGGUCCUGUGGGGCAGCCUGGAGCAGCGGGAGCAGAUGGGGAGCCCGGAGCUCGGGGACCCCAGGGACACUUUGGAGCCAAAGGCGAUGAAGGAACAAGAGGAUUCAAUGGGCCUCCAGGACCCAUUGGCCUACAGGGUUUGCCAGGCCCCUCUGGGGAGAAGGGAGAAACAGGAGAUGUGGGUCCUAUGGGACCACCUGGCCCCCCAGGACCUCGAGGUCCAGCUGGACCCAAUGGCGCUGAUGGCCCACAAGGUCCCCCGGGAGGUGUUGGGAACCUGGGUCCCCCUGGAGAGAAGGGGGAACCAGGAGAGUCAGGAUCUCCAGGGAUCCAGGGCGAGCCAGGUGUCAAGGGUCCACGCGGGGAACGUGGAGAGAAAGGAGAGUCGGGGCAGCCAGGAGAGCCAGGACCACCAGGGCCUAAAGGCCCCACAGGCGAUGAUGGCCCCAAAGGGAACCCUGGUCCUGUUGGUUUUCCUGGUGACCCUGGCCCCCCUGGAGAAGGUGGCCCUCGGGGCCAGGAUGGUGCUAAGGGUGACCGAGGCGAGGAUGGUGAGCCAGGACAGCCUGGAUCCCCUGGUCCCACUGGGGAGAAUGGACCCCCAGGGCCACUUGGAAAGCGGGGUCCUGCUGGCUCGCCUGGUCCCGAGGGGCGACAAGGAGGGAAGGGAGCCAAGGGAGAUCCCGGUGCUAUAGGUGCCCCGGGGAAGACAGGCCCGGUGGGUCCUGCAGGCCCAGCAGGGAAACCUGGCCCUGAUGGUCUGAGGGGGCUCCCAGGCUCAGUGGGUCAGCAAGGCCGACCUGGAGCUACAGGCCAGGCUGGGCCCCCAGGUCCUGUGGGACCCCCGGGGCUGCCUGGUCUCCGGGGCGAUGCUGGAGCCAAGGGAGAGAAGGGCCACCCAGGUCUCAUUGGACUGAUUGGGCCCCCGGGUGAGCAGGGAGAGAAGGGAGAUCGGGGACUUCCUGGGCCUCAGGGCUCCCCUGGGCAGAAGGGUGAGACGGGUAUCCCAGGAGCAUCCGGCCCCAUUGGUCCUGGAGGUCCCCCCGGCCUCCCCGGACCUGCUGGCCCCAAAGGAGCCAAAGGAGCCACAGGCCCAGCCGGACCCAAGGGAGAGAAGGGUGUGCAGGGCCCUCCAGGACACCCGGGUCCCCCAGGUGAGGUGAUCCAGCCACUGCCCAUUCAGAUGCCCAAGAAGACUCGGCGCUCGGUGGAUGGAAGCCGCCUGAUGCAGGAAGAUGAGGCCAUACCGACCGGGGGAGCCCCCGGCAGUCCUGGGGGGCUGGAGGAGAUCUUUGGCUCACUCGACUCCCUGCGGGAGGAGAUCGAGCAGAUGAGGCGGCCGACGGGGACCCAGGACAGCCCUGCUCGCACCUGCCAGGACCUGAAGCUGUGCCACCCAGAGCUUCCCGAUGGAGAGUACUGGGUCGACCCCAACCAGGGCUGUGCUCGGGAUGCCUUCCGAGUUUUCUGCAACUUCACAGCAGGGGGUGAGACCUGUGUGACGCCUAGGGAUGAUGUCACGCAGUUCUCUUACGUGGACUCAGAGGGCUCCCCAGUGGGUGUGGUCCAGCUCACCUUCCUGCGGCUGCUCAGCGUCUCAGCCCACCAGGACGUCUCCUACCCCUGCUCUGGAGCAGCCCGUGAUGGUCCCCUGAGACUCCGCGGGGCCAAUGAGGAUGAGCUGAGCCCGGAGACUAGCCCCUAUGUCAAAGAAUUCAGAGAUGGCUGCCAGACACAGCAAGGCCGGACGGUGCUGGAGGUGCGAACGCCUGUGCUGGAGCAGCUGCCAGUGCUGGAUGCCUCCUUCUCAGACCUGGGAGCCCCACCGAGGCGGGGAGGGGUGCUGCUGGGGCCUGUCUGCUUCAUGGGAUAGGACCAUCUCUGUCUGAUCCUGUCCAUCGGAACCAGGCCCACCUGGAAUCCCACAACAUCAGCUCUGUGCCACCUCCCAAGAGGGCUCCUCACUAUCUAGGGAGCCCUGGGCCAGGGCGUGGAGAGCCCUCAGUCAGGGGCAGGCCAGGGGAGGGGUGAAGUGGUUGCCUGGACACCCCACGGGAGGAGUGGCAUCUGGGGCUCUUGGCCCUCCCACCUGGAGCCUGUGACCCGUUAGAGAGCUGAGACCCUUAUUUAAAACUCACCUCCCAAUCACCCCAAACAAAUGGAAGAGAAGAGAAAGGACAUGGUGUAUUUUGUAUUUAAAAGUAAUUAUAUUGAUUAUUUAAAGUGUGGAAAGCAAAAUAACAAAAAAGAGAAACGCCAACAAAAAUCAGCAGACGUUGGAGACAGGGCUCUCGGGGGUGGGCUCCGGCACCCACAUCCUGGCGUCAGGACUUUCCUCAGUGACUGUGUGUAGGGGGGUUUCAGGGCUGAACCCCACCUCCCUCCCACCUUCCUCCCACCUCACCUGUCGCACCCACUGUGAAAGUUGGAAUAUGUGGUCUCCCUGGCCUCAAGGCUCUGACUCUGCCAGGGUGGGGCUCUCUAACCCGCAGGUGUUGGCUGCCUGGCCCGUGUGCCCACUGUCUCUUCCACUUGGUCUGGGUCUGGCAGGCACUGCCUGCUACUUGAGGGCCAGGAUGCUCCCCCAGGGAAGAAAUGGAAUAGUGUGGGGUGUGUGCAGGGCUGCAUCCAGCAGAUGGCUGGAAUAUUAAAAUUCUUCUAUAUUGGCUGGUAAAUUGCCAUGGCCCUGAGCCACUGAGUAUGUUUGUUGCCACCCCUGUCCCUCCCCUGGGCACCCCUCACUUUCCCUGAUCCUGCAAUUAAAGGGUUAAUGUGUGGCAUAUGGAAGGGACUCCCAGGACCCUGUGCCCAGCUUCUAUGCUGACUGAUGGUUAAAUAAUGUGAUU